AUGGUGGACUCCCCGAAGAAGACCGUCCCGGUACCGGAGAUCAAACCGCUGGACCGGUACGACUUCACCCGGGCCAAGACCCGCGCCAGCGUCCGGUGGCUGCUGUCCAAGGCGUACGGCUCUGCAGGAGGUGUCCCCGUGGAGCUGCAGGACCCUCUGGACCAGGACCACCUGAAGCCGGCGGUCUCCCAGCUGCUGCUCUCCCCGGAGGUCUACUGCAGGGCCCGGCAGGCGCACGGGGUCUCCCCGCCCGACACGCAGGGGCCCCCGGCCGACCACUCGGCGCUGCUGCAGGACCUCGUGAAGAAAGGCUUCGGCCCAAAGGUCGGCGAGGAGGAGGUCACCGAGGACGACCUCCUCUGCCACCCCAUCAACACGCAUGCUAUCGCUUUUUGUUUGAAGGAGUCAGGGAAUAAACCUCCAGUGAUCCGCUACAGGAAGGACAAGGUGCAGUCUAAGUUGACUCCGACCUUUUCUUUGGUUUCUGGGGUCAAAGAUCUUUCUAACGGCGCCGCCAUCGCUGCUGUGCUCCACUUCUACUGCCCCGCCCUGCUGCCUCUGGAGGACGUGUGCCUGAAGGACACCAUGUCGGUGGCCGACAGCCUCUACAACCUGCAGCUGGUCAGGGCGUUCUGCGAGAGCCGCCUGGAGCGGUGCUGCCCCCUGGCGGUGGAGGACCUGCUCUACGCCCCGCCGGUCCUGCACCUGAACAUCUUGAGCUUCGUAGCCGAGCUGCUGGACUGGUUUGAGGUGAAGAAGCCGGAUUUCGUUGAGCCGGUCCAACCCGUCGACCUCACAGAUGUCUCGGGGUUGCUGGACUGCACGAGCCCCGUCAACGGGAACAGUGGUUCUCCGUCCUUCCUCUUCAAACACCCCUUUGUGUCCAUCGGCUGCCCCGUGUCUCCGGCAAACAAGAGUUGGACAAAGAAACAGACCAGUCGCCCUCUGUCCGCCGUGACGUUCAGCAUCCCAUUUGGGCUGGACAGUGAUGUAGACGUUGUCAUGGGAAACACAAUAGAUUCUGUCUUUCGCUCCGUCAGCACUGACAGCCUCACCGCCGGCAUCCCUGCAACGACUUCCUCGGAGCUCGGCCACCUGGUCGGCGCCUCGGCUCCGUCGCGGCGCUCUUCCUGGGGUCCGUACGCUCACGCGGCGCCGCUGGGAGAGCUGCCAACCAUCGAGGAGGCGAUACAGGUGGUUCAUACUCCGGGCGGCAAAGAUCGGAGGAAGGGAAGGGUAGCAGAGAAAGCUGGAAGAGGAGUGCCGGGAGGAAGGCCAGAGCCCAGGUUACGUCCGGAAGGAGCUCCCGCUGGCUUCUUCCUCCACUGCCCCGAGGAGGACAGAGCCCAGCUCAGCAGCUCGGCUCCCUGUCGCUCUGGAGUCCUCCACCGGCCGGGCGGUGGGGAGGUGGGUGACGCCGAAAGGCAAGGAAGGCGAGCGAGGAGGGCGAGAUCGGGACGCACGGCCGAUAUGUCGCGUGACGACGACUCCGUCCUACGAGACGGCAGCGUCGACUCCUCUGAGGCGUCGGAGGAUAGCCCGAGAAGCGCGCCCGGUAACAUGCGUCACGGUCACCAGGGAAACAACGGAGCCGGGAACAGUCCCCGGAUGACGACGUUUGCUGAGCGGCGAGACAGCAGAAGGAGACACGCCGCUGCUCCCGGGGAGGAGGCGGCCUCUGCUCCGACAACGCCAGGAACGCCACAGACUCCCUCCACCCCAGCAGGGGCCCCGGGCCCCCAGGACAGCCCCCUCAGAGGUCCUGAGCCGGGCUCCAAGGCGUUGGAGUUGGGGGCUCGUCUGGAGGAAAAACGUAAAAGCAUUGAAGCCCAAAAAAGACGCAUUGAAGCCAUCUUCGCCAAGCACAGACAGAGGCUCGGAAAUAGUGCUUUCCUCCAGCUGAAAAGAGAGCAAGGAGAGGGAGGAGCAGAGGGGGAGACUCUCAGCCUGGAGGAACGCCUCACCACCAUGGAGGAGCAACUGAAACAGGAGGAGGAGAGGGAAGAGAAGGAGAAAGAAAAGCCAUCUGUUCCUAUCCCCCCCCGGUUAGAGAAGCAGGUCACCUUCUCUAUUGAAAGUAAGAAAGGAGCAGAGCCAGAGAAAGGAGGUGAAGCCGUCUUUGUGGAGUACAAUGAAGUGGUUCAGAAACUGAGUGACGCUCUGCAGUCUCUUCAAAAGGACAUGCAGAAACUUACAGAACAGCAACAGCAGCUUAUGAGUAAUCAAAGACCCAUGAAUCCACCCCAAAGCACCCCGAAGUCCACCCCUAGAAGUGCUGCCCAGACGCCUCCUCACGCCUCAACAAAGACCCCUCCGAGGAGCACCAGUAAAGCUCUGGUGAUCCCCUUCUCCCCGUCACGACGUCCACACCUUCAUUCUUCUUUCACCUCCCCAAAGACGACCAUGUCCUCUUCCUGCCCGGCUCCCCGCACAAAGAUCCACUCCUCCGCCCCCCGCAGCCCCAAGCACCACCAGCGUGCCCAGCAUCCGCCUCACCCACGGCCUUCCGAACUCAAGUUCCCCCCGCUCAACCGCGCCUUGGCCCCGACCCACAAUGUGGACACACUGCCUCACUUACGGCGCGUGUCACCCAGCAAGUGUCAGGUUCAGACGUCCUCCUCUUUUCGUAUCGGUGGGCUCCGGACCCCUCAAGACGCUCCUCAGGCUACCCGGCAGCCCCAGCCCGACGGGAACACCUCGGACUCGGCGUCGAGCGAGACGGCGACUCAGUUCAGCUUGGAGCUGGAGGACAUGGAGGCCGUCAGAGGGCUGCCGGUUUUCCCCCAGCAAGACCGUCCGCUGGCUGCAGGCGGGAGCAGCUCCGGCGCUCCUUCCGAGUGCUCGUUCGGGAGCGAGACUUUGUCUCUUUCUGCUGCGCUCAGCGCAGGAGGUGAAGACGGGAGAGGUGGAGGUAGAGGGAGGCGCUGCAGCCUCGUUGAGGCCUCGCUGUGUUCUCUUGGAGGGCCAGAGGGAGGCAGUGAUGUCCCAACUGAUGAAGGGCAGGAGUUUUCCUCUGAUUCCAUGAGCGACCACACAGAAUCUGCGGUUGAACCUAGAGGACUCGCUGCAGAACCGUUAGACCCUGUGGAGCAGCCGGGUCCGGCAACAGGAUCCGGCAAUUUGCCUGAGCAACAAACCGAGAGAGAUCAGACGAGACGGACCGAAGCCCUGGAACCGAGUGGAGGGCAGAACGAGCCCGGUGCGAGAGGAGGAAUCGGCUUCUUCUACCAGGAGGAGGUGCGGAGCGAAGAGGAGAUAGCCCAGCGUAGAGCUUUGCUGUUGGAAAAACAGCAGAAGAGAGCUGAGGAGUUGAAGAAGAGGAGACAGUGGAAUGAGCAAGAAAGGGAAAACAGACCAGCAUCUCCCUUCAACACACCUCCUGCAGGAAUGACCUCACCUUCCCCCACACCUCCCGCGACACCAGGCCGGCGGGGAGACUUCACGCGAGUGGAGUAUGCACGGCGGCAUCAGCUCAGGAUCAUGGAGGACUUGGACAAAGUGCUUCGGCAGAAAUUAACUAAUGCAGGAAGAUCUCCUGCCAAGAAGAGCCGUUCACGUCCUCGCAGCUUGACGAGGGAGGAAACCCGGCUGAGUCCGGCCAAGAGCACAGCUGGCUCCAAGUUGACCAAAGUCUACUCCAACUCCUCCCUCAACCUGGCAGCCAGGGACGAGCCAGGGAAGAGAUGUGACCUCCAGAGACCCAACAGCCGUCCUGGUUCACCUUCGGGAUGUGUGACACCCAGUAAACUGGCAACUCCCAACGGAGGUCCAGACUGGGAGGCCGGUUCCACUGGAAGCUCGCCCGCCCCCGAAUACACAGGUCCAAAACUCUUCAAAGAGCCGAGCUCCAAGUCCAACAAGUUCAUCAUCCACAACGCCUUGACCCGCUGCUGCCUGGCGGGGACGCUCAACGAGGCCCAGAGGACCAGGAUCCUCGAGGAGAUGGAGAAGAGUCCUGCCAACCACUUCCUGAUCCUCUUCCGUGAUUCCAGCUGCCAGUUCAGGGGCGUUUACACCAUGAACGCCGACUCCCAGGAGCUCGUGCGAUUGGCUGGCGUGGGGCCGCGGACCAUUGACUCCGCCCAGGUGGAGUCCAUCUACAAAUACAGUUCAGACAGGAAGCAGUUCAGUGCCAUCCCCUCCAAGACCAUGGGCGUGAGCGUGGACGCCUUCACCCUGCCCGGCCACCUUUGGUACGGAGGAGGUGCAACAGGAGGAGGUGCAACACGAGGAGGAGGAGGAGGAGGAGGAGGAGGCCGGAUAGCGAGCAGCACGAAGAAGGCAGUCUCUAAGUGAGAGAAGACGCCAGAAUCACCCGAACUAUCCCGAGCAGCCUCCAGCCGCUACAACACACGAGAUGUUAAGAGCACACUUCUUAUGUCUUUAUA